CUUUGCGCCGGGAAAUUCGAGUGGUGUGUUUUGGCGACAACCAAAAAACCCCGCAACCCACCACAACAACAAGCCAGCACCACCACUUGCCCCACACCACCCGCACGUCGAACACCCAGCACACCCAGCACCAAUACCGAGACCGCCCCGCCGCUUCUCAUCUUGACUGCUACAACUGCUGUUGCCUAAGUGGCGUCAAUCACUGACUGUCUUCACCUUCGACACGUCCAUCCCCUUUCCUUUCUCCUUCCUCCUUCCUCCACACACCACACACCACACAAGCAAUAAUGGAGCAACAACAACCACGCACCAACACACACGCUUUGCGCGAACACAACAGCACAAGCUCGACAAGCACAGCAUCAAAGAAGCCGUCAGCAUCUUCUGCAAAGCCCGCACGCAGGAAAUGGUGUCUCGAUGACUUUGAGAUUGGUCGCCCACUCGGCAAGGGCAAGUUUGGCAAUGUCUUCCUUGCGCGCGAAAAGAAGUCCAAGUUCAUCGUCGCCCUCAAGGUCUUGUUCAAGAGCCAACUGCAGAAACACAAUGUGGAGCACCAGCUGCGGCGCGAAGUUGAGAUUCAAUCGCAUCUCCAACACAAGAACAUUUUGCGGCUGUUUGGAUACUUCCACGACGAGCACCGCGUCUACCUCAUUCUCGAAUACGCAGCAAAGGGCGAGCUCUACAAGAUCCUACAAGAGCGCUCCCGCUUUGACGAGCGCACGUCCGCAGACUACAUUUUCCAGCUCACAAACGCCCUCAAGUACUGUCAUCGGAAGAGUGUGAUUCAUCGCGACAUCAAGCCAGAAAAUCUUCUUCUCGGACUGGAGAACACGCUCAAGAUUGCAGACUUUGGAUGGGCUGUGCACGCACCAUCAUCCCGUCGCAAGACACUGUGCGGAACCCUCGACUAUCUCCCACCAGAGAUGAUUCGCCAGGAGCCACACGACGCAACGGUUGACCUGUGGUCUCUCGGUGUGCUGACGUAUGAGUUUCUGUUUGGAAACCCGCCCUUUGAGGCCGAGGGACACACAAACACAUACAAGCGCAUCACCAGCGUGGAUCUCCGCUUCCCCGAACACAUCCCCGUCUCCGCUGAGGCAAAGGACUUUGUCAAGAAGCUGCUGCGGCGGCGACCGAGCGAGCGCAUGUCCUUGGCUGAUGCCCUCCAGCACCCCUGGAUCACCAAGAACGUUCCUCACAGCUCCCUCGCAUGAUGAUCGCACACGUGUGCACUGCUGCUGCGUGUGCACUCCUCACCGCAACUUGCAUGCCAUGUUGCACUUGUGCGCAUGCACACGCCCAGACAUACAUGACAUUGUCAAUACAACAUCUUACUCUCCCUCGUUGCUCUGCCUUACAUCCUUCGUGUCUCACAACAGACCACGCUGUUCACUGCACAUCUCGUCGCCCCAGUGCCCGUGUUGUGUUUGUCAGAAAAGAUCAUUUUCCUCUCUCACGCUUCGUGUUGUCCCGAGUACACAAGCAACUCAACAACAAUACACACGCACGUGUC